AUGACGGGCGCAAAUAAAUACGGAAUCACGGUUCUCUAUGAUCCUUCAUCCAACAGAGGAGAGGGCAAGAUACAUAAACCGAGUGAUAUCGUGUUCGAUUUAGUUGCUAUUCAUGGCUUGAACGGCGAUCCCUUCGACACAUGGACUCAUAAAGACACGGGAGUCAUGUGGCUAAGGGACCUCUUGCCUGAGGCAUUACCUAACAUUAGGAUAGCGACUUUUGGCUAUAAUGCUCGCUUUAAAAAUUUUACCGCCCAGCAAGACCUACGCAGUAUAUCAUUGAAACUACUCACUGAGUUGGCUGACAUAAGAUCAGCUGCAGAAGAGAAGAUCCGGCCCAUUGUGCUCGUUUGCCAUAGCUUGGGUGGAAUUGUCGCGAAGAAGGCUUUAUUGAUUGGUUGCUCUGACGAACAAGAAAAGGUGCAACAGGCAGUGUAUGGGAUCUUAUUUCUUGGUACCCCGCACAAUGGCAGCAACCUUGCUGUCAUGGGCAAACUCAUGGCAAACAUUAUUUCCGCAUGCUCUCCUCUGAGGCCUCCACGCACUCUUAUUAGGGAUCUGCAGAAGGACUCUGAGGUCUUACUAGAGAUCACGGAGGACUUCGUGAAGAGAAGAAGGACGGUGCAUCUCGUUUCUUUCUACGAAUUGGAACUUACUUCCAUCGGCCCAUUCAUUAAAAAAAUGAUUGUAGAACAGCAAUCCGCAGUAUUGAAUGUCCCUCACGAAAUCACAGUUCCUCAAUUUGCCGAUCACCGGAACAUUGUUAGAUUCAAAUCUCUCCAAGAUCGCUCUUUCCGUCCCGUGGUUAGUCGUCUGAAGGAAUUUGCUGGCAAUCUUCAUGACCUCUCCACUUUGGAGAGAACGCCACAUAUGGAAAGAGAUCCCGCUAUUCCCUUCGACAUUUCAACCGUACCUUGUUCGACUCUAUUCGGUAGAGCUGAUAUCCUCGAAACAAUGAGGAUGUACUUCGACCGCAAUAAAGGACGGACAAGAUCAAUAUUUGCCCUGUGCGGUCUAGAAGGUGGCUCAGGAAAGACACAGACUGCCUUACACUAUCUCCUCACGAAUACUUCAAAAUAUAAGAGAGGGGUGGCUUUUCUGAACGCAAGCUCCAUUGCUUCAUUAGAAGCGGACUUUGAUCGAUUACAUGACCUUCUCCACCUUGGCGAUUCGAAGAGCAAGAUAAGUUCUAUCAAGAGCUGGUUGGCGAGACCUGAAAACACCGAGUGGCUACUUGUCUUUGAUAAUGCUGAUGAUCUGGAGUCAGUCCCUAUCCAGAAGUAUUUACCCGCCGUCAAUUGGGGCCAUGUUAUCAUCACUAGUCGUGACCAGGGUCUUAUCGGGACUGUAGCUAAUGAGGGUCACGUACUCACGCCUCUGGCGAUCGAAGACGCAGUGCAGUUGUUACUGGAAAGGGCCGGGAUCCAGCAACCGUGCCAAAGUGAAUUUGAGGAUGCCAAAGCCAUUGCUGAACUUCUUGGAUCACUUCCCUUGGCUCUGGUGCAGGCGGGAGCAUUUGUACGCUCACGACAUAGGUCUCUGGCAGAUUACCGGAGACUUUACUCGACACGCCGACAGGACCUGCUCCGGUUUGUCUCACGUCUGGGAGACACGGAAAAAGCAGUCUUAACAGCAUGGGAAAUAAACUUCAAACAACUUGAACAAGAGUCACCUGAUGCAAUCCGCAUUCUUCUUCUCUUCUCGUUCCUAGAGCCAUCAACCAUUUCUGAAGUAAUCUUACAUCGAGGGACGUCUUCACAGAAAAGAUGGGACGAGUACGGUGAGGUGACAGAGAUCCGCGCAGAGGAUGAAGGAGUGGAUGCCCGUUUAUCAAGGGUUAUACAAAGUGAGUUUGACUUUGACGUGGCAGUUGAGAAAUUGCUCGCUUUUUCGCUCAUAUCCUGCAAUGCUGGGACUAAUGGAUUCCGAAACUUUUCUAUUCAUCCGUUGGUCCAGUACUGUGUGAUGCAGCGACUGUCGCAAUCAGAAGUGAACAGCUGGCGGAAGCAAGCCCUGCUACUCAUUUGCCAUGCAUUUCCGAGGAAUAGGUACAUUGAGCCACUUAACGGAGAAAUGGGAAGAGUAAUAUUACCUCAUCUGAGCCGAGUUCUUGCUGAAUAUGACGCUAUCUGCAUUGAGGAUGGAGAGCAGGGUUGGUUCCCACGCGAACUCGCAUCGACCCUUAUUGCUGCGUCACGCUUUUCAAACGCAAAUUGGAAAGUUGAAGCGAUAAGUCGCGCCAAAAAGUUAAUGGAAGAUAAGAACGAUCUUUACCUACAUGCCUGGCUUGCGUACCGAGAAAGUUCAAUCUUGAGGAUGUCGGGGAAGCACGAGGAAUCGGAAACCGCUUUAGAAUUUUUCCUGCGUCGUGUGUCUUCUGAGGAGGAUGAAAAGUUAACACCGAGACUCAAUUCGCAUCGUGGUGACCUAAUCAUAUCAUAUUCUGAGAAUCUGAUUCGCCAAAGAAAAUUCCCUGAAGCCAAAGCGGAGUUGACUGAAUGGACACCGCUGCGUGCAGAAUACUCUACUCUUGAAAGAAUAACCUUACGAGCGCGAGACAUAACUCUAGGUAAGGUUCUUCGCUUUCAGGGUCUAUUUAGGGAGGCUCUUGACUUGCUUGAGAGUGUUCUCCGGGAUAGUCUCCUUGACGAUUUCUUUGAGGGCUCAGGUUGGUAUCGAGCUCUGGUCUCCGGGAUAGCAGAGCUGUAUUGUGAAUUAAAUCAACCGUCCGAUGCCGAAAGGCUCCUCCUACGAGAAUUGGAACCAAUGAGGGAAAGAAAAACGCAGGACAUCAGCACGGGCCGACGUCUGCAGCUAUCACUUGCAGAAGUGUAUCUGCUGCAGCACAGGUAUACGGAAGCGGAGUCACUUCUACUUGCUCUCCAGCGUGUGUUUUCAACCUCGGGUGCACCAGACUAUACUACUCAAGUCAAUAUCUUCCGUGUCUGGAUUUCGCUUGCGAGGAUCUCUCAUUUACAGUUACAGUGGGAAGAGGCGCUACCACGAUGGAAAAACGCAUUGGUAGUAUUGGAGCAGAUUGGACUUGGGGGAGGUUUCAACGCCGGCAUCGUACGAUGUUCUAUUGCUCACAUACUUAUGAUGACUGGCCGUGAAGUCGAAGGAACAGAAACACUCCAAGCGGCUAAGGUAAAUAUCGCGUCAGAAUCCCGUGUCUUCUGGAUCGCCGUGUUCAAUUCGCAAUGGUGUGACUUCAUCCUGGGCCGCGUCAGGCUGUGA